AUGGCCACCUUCUCCAACGCCGUCGCCGACCUCAUCCGGUCCGUCUACGAGGCUCUCGCGGCAACCUUCUUGGCCGUCACCCACUUCUUCGAGUCCGGCUUGACGUUUGCCGCCGACACGGUUCGCCAUACUGUUGCGCUUGUUGGCGGUAUCGGCAAAUUUGUGGCUGGCAAUUUUGUUAUUCUCGCCAUCCUUGCUGCUGUCUACUUGUACUUCGUGUCGAACCCGCAGCAGAAGAACAAGAUCCAGAGCUCUGGCCAAAAGACGACCAGCUCGGUCCAGCCCAACGCCAACCGCGGCGCCACCAAGUCGAAGAGAGCCUAG